CUUCCACCAACCACAGCAAAACCCACCGUAUAAUAACAAGCGCCGGGAUGCUGAGAGGUCCCAUCAGACACAUGUAGCUCUUGAUCGCCAAGCCUUCAUUUCCUUUGGCAUAGAAAUCCUUCUCUCCUUCUUUCUCUCUCUCUCUCUCUCCUCCACCCUCCCACUUGUGCUGGAAAUAAUAUCUUGGCAAGCGGCAUAGAGUGGUUUUAUGAUUGUGGUAUAUUUCUGAGCAUUUCGCUGAUUUGGAGGAAGUCUUGUCAUUAAUGGGUAAUUGCUGGUUCAGGGGGAGUCCAUCCAGCUACAGAGUAUCUUCCAAUGCAAAGUCAGAAUGUCAAAAGGUCGAGAAUCCUUUGGUGAAAGAAGAGGAAAAGGAAGGCAGCAAGUUACCAUCAAACCCAGAGGAAGUCGAGGAUUUGCGAGGGACUACUGCAACAAACCUACUUAUAGCAUUCACUUUUGAUGAACUUAAGGCUAUCACAGGAAAUUUCAGGCAGGACUAUGUUCUAGGUGGAGGCGGCUUUGGUAGUGUUUUCAAGGGAUUUGUCACUCAAGAUCUAAAGGAGGGGCUUCAACCUCUUCAAGUAGCUGUGAAAGUCCAUGAUGGUGAUAACAGUUUCCAGGGUCACAGGGAAUGGCUGACUGAGGUUAUUUUUCUUGGGCAACUUUCUCACCCGAACUUGGUAAAAUUGGUUGGUUACUGCUGCGAAGAUGAGCAUCGAGUUCUGAUAUAUGAGUUUAUGGCUCGGGGAAGUGUGGAAUCCAAUCUCUUCUCAAGAGUCUUGCUUCCCCUUCCUUGGUCUAUCAGAAUGAAAAUUGCAUUUGGCGCCGCUAAAGGGCUUGCUUUUCUUCAUGAAGCUGAAAAGCCAGUCAUAUUUCGUGAUUUUAAAACAUCCAACAUUUUGCUAGACCAGGACUACAAUGCAAAACUUUCUGACUUUGGGCUUGCAAAAGAUGGACCAGUUGGUGAUAAGUCUCAUGUCUCUACUCGGAUAAUGGGAACUUAUGGAUAUGCAGCACCAGAGUAUAUUAUGACAGGACAUCUGACUGCAAUGAGCGAUGUUUACAGCUUUGGAGUCGUCCUCCUCGAGUUCCUCACUGGAAGGAAAUCACUUGACAAGUCACGUCCAGUCCGAGAACAGACGCUUGCUGACUGGGCUGCCCCACUGCUCAGUCAAAAGAAGAAAGUUCUUAGCAUUAUAGACCCCAGAUUGGGAGGAGACUAUCCAGAGAAAGCUGUCCAGAAGACGGCGAUGCUGGCUUACCAUUGUCUCGACCGGAAUCCGAAGGCAAGGCCACUUAUGAGAGAUAUCGUCGAAUCCUUAGAACCUCUUCAGGAAGCUGUCGAGGUCCCAAUUUCCAGUAUCAGUUAAACUCAGCUUGUGAUUAAUUUGAGAAAAAAAGUUUUCAAUUCUUUCUUUAGAGAUAUGGAUUUUGCUAAAUAGCACAGCUCAGUGCAUAAGGUUCCUGUCAACGAGAGGCCUGGUGAGGGUUGAUGUAAACUACUAUGCUGUACAUAGACCAUUGAACUAUAAGUCUGUGAGUUGAAAUCACUUGUUGAACCAAAGAUUAGAUUGGUGUUGGGUAAUAGCAGAAUCCGAGAAUUCUCUUGCUGGUUUC